AUACAACGGUUCAGCCGUCACCCAUCAUUCAUCACCCAUCAUCACCACCGUCUCAUCACUCACUCACUCACUCUACCCCACUCCACUCCACCACUCGACCUAACACAAACACACACACACAUUCGCGACUCCCAACUUCUUCCCACUGACACUCCCAAGAAAAAGGGGCCAACUCAGCCAACCAGGCAUCCCCAUGUCGGCACACGGCAACAUCACAUGGAACCUCCAAAAACUUCUCCUAACGGAUCACACUAG